GAAGAAGAAGAGAAGGUGCCAGCCACGCCGUUCCAUUAAACAGCCCUCCACAACAGCAGCACGUCACCAGCACAGGCAGGCAGCGUAGAAGAUGGGUCAGGGCAGCAGCAGCACCGAAGGGAGUCCAGAGGAGCCGCUCAGUCUGUCGCACAGCGAGAAGACGGCGAUUCGCGCGUCCUGGCAGGCGUUCUGCGACUCCCACCCGGAGCCCGGAGCCUUCCUCUUCUCGGCGCUCCUGGACAAGCAUCCGGAGUACCAGGCGCUCUUCGGGGAGCUCAGGGACGUGCCCCGGAGUGGCCUCGUCAAAGUUCCCUUCUACAAGACGCACUGCUCGGCGAUGGCCAAGCUGCUGAGCGACGUGGUCAAGACGCUGGACAGGCCCGAGUUGCUCGCGGACGUGGUGAGGACCAACGCGCUCGAGCACGCCACCCGCGACGUGAUGCCGCUGCACUUCGAGGCCCUGUGGCAGCUGGUCGAGAUGCGCGUAGGCCUCGCAGCGCCUGGGACACCCGCCGCCGCCGCGUCGUGGGAGAAGCUGCUCGAGGAAAUACAACAGAUCACGCUGAACGUCUAUGAGAACCUCGGCAUCACUGCCAGCACGUCGACAGCAGCAACGUCACUAAGCAGAACCGACAGAAGCUUGGACACGAGGACGCGAGAAGCACCAAACGAGCACUUGAAGGGGGUAAAGAUAAAAUCAAAUGCGAGCAGUCCCAAAGCAAGUAGCCCUAAAGCAGGUAGCCCCAAAGCCAAUGCCCAAAAAUCCAGUAGCCCAAAACCUGGUCUCAGCAAUGCCGGUAGCCCAAAACCAAGUACCCCGAAGGCCAGCAGGUCAGAAGCAAGCAGCUCGAAACAGGGUAGCCCAAAAACCAGGAGUGACGGCGUCUCCCCCAAAGAGAAUGAAGUCAAAUCGGCUGCCAGUGGUCGCAGAUGGAGCAUAUUUAACCGUAGUGUUGACAAACACAAAGAUACUGGAGCUAAGCCGAGUGGCAGUGAAGCCAAAGGGACUGGAUCUAAACACAAGGGAAACAAGUGAAGAUCAGCUUGUUCGAGUGCGUGUAAGAUGACACAAUGCACUUAAUGUGUGCUAAAAAAUAUUUAUUCAAUUCAUAUAUCAGAUAUAACGAUUUAUAAAUUGAACAUUCAAAAACUAUUGCCAGCGGAGCUUUGUCAAAUAAAUGAGCCUUCCAUAGAUGGCUGUGAUUAUAAUGUGUCCUUUUUUAGUAUGAAUAUCCCAGUGCAUAAAGCUUUCCACAUACAUCACAGUCUGCAAUGUUUGUCAUUAUAAAUGACGACAAAUGCUGACUUUGUCAGGACCAUACCUAAACAAAGCCGAGUUCUUUCCCACAGUUCACUCCAGAUGGUAUACUUUCUAUGAAAGCAUUUACAAGAGUGUUUUCAUUAGGCAAUAUAUUCAAUAAAUAUUAUGUUCAAGCUACAUAUGUAGGAAAUAAAAGUGUUCAACAGCUAACAGGCCUAUAUCAAUGCAUGGACCUUCAGAAAAUCUUUCUGGCAGAUUUCAUGCAGCAACGUCGCAUAGUGUUCCACGAGCUCCUGAGAAGUUCAAAGAAAGUCCAUUCAGUCACACACAUGGAGCACAUUACAACAAGCAAGCAGUUACUGUUAGUAAGCACACAGAAAAAAGCAUCUGCCACAGCUAGCAACCAUGUGCUUGUCCGAAGCAGGCAAUCCCUAGCCACAUCCGCUGCUUCCAUUUUGUUUUUGAAAUGUCAGCGUGAGGCAGAAACACUUUCCGAGUCGAAACAACUAGCACGAUUGUCAAAGGUGCACGGAUGUCUGUGCAAAUUGUCAUCUAAAACAUUGCUGCCAUGCUGCAUAUGGCUCACAGCGUCAACACAAACAGUGCACACACAGGUCAGCCCUGUUUACUUCAACACUCCACACUGCAAGGUGCCUGAGAAGGCAUGUGCCAUUGACCAAGCAGCUGGUACGAAACCACAUUUAAAUGUAACUCUGAAAGGCAAUGAGGCUUAUCAUAAACGCAGCAUACCUAUGUUUUUACACAGUACACACCAAUGCCACACAUGAAGCGAAGUAACAGUGUUGAGACCAUGGUUGUUAGUGCUUUUAAGCUAUGUGGAACACCACUGAACUGGAGACACUCUCCUUGUCUAGAACACUGUUGCUGCUCCCGCAAGUUUUGGUUUUGGCGAGUGCUGGGUUGCUUGGCAAUUGUUUAAGUGGGGAAAUUCACAAUAUGUUACAAGCUAUGCUGUACAUAAGCCCAAAGACACCACGGGCUCCUGACCGAGCACUCAACUCAGCUGCAAAACAUUCGUGGGUUCGAAGCACGUUGCCGGUGGCUGCCCGCAGGUAAAAACAAGUGCAACUAUCCCCAGCUCAAAAUUUGACUUUCUUCAGGGGUGAUGACUUGUAAAGAGGAACGGCUGCUCUUCACCGAAACUAAGCACAAUAAAAAAAAACAUUUAAUUGUACAGUUUAAUUCUCUGAAACUGCAUAGUAUGUUAUGAUGGACGUCGUAGUGGAGGGCUCUGGAUUAUGUGUAGACACCUGGGCUUCUUCAGCAUGGAACUAAAUUGAAGUACACAAGUGUUUCUGCAUUUCAUUGGAAUUGAAAUGUGCCGUGGAUCGAACUUGUAACUUCAUGCUCAGUAUAGCACCACAGCCAUAGCCACAGAACUACCACAGCAGGUCUUUGACCCAAGAAAAGGCAUUUUCGCUUCCACUACAGCACUUUCCCCUAUGGAAUUUGUGCACCUGUCAGGUGGGGACGCCAUCAAUAAGUGCCCCAUUUUCAAACAUAGGGUUUUCCAUAAUGCGAGAGGACCAGGUACAAACACUCGUACCUAUUUUCUCAGUGGGUAACUGGUGGCAGCUUGCAACUGCUUCUGACAUCCAGGCUAGAUGCUCUAGAACUAUGUUUCCUUCAAAGUAGCAGGCCUUUGCCCAGGUUACCCUUCUGAAAGAAUGCUGGACACAUGCCCCUUGCUACCAUUCCCUACUGGACUACCUGCAUGAAACAGAUCUGUUUGUACAUCUUUAACUAUGCAUUUAUUAUGCCUAAAGACAGUCUUAUGGCACUCUUAGUCAUGCAGGAAAAAGGAAUGCGUGGUGCAGUCGUAUGGUUUCAUCUAUUAAAAGCCUGUUGAAGCCAGUUCAAUGUGGGUCAUCUGUCUGAAACAAGUGCUCCGUGAAGGUGCACGUUUCGGAUGGAGAUGAGUGACUUCGUAAUCAAGGUGUAGGGGCCCACUGUAGUACAGUUAAACAUCAGGUUAACAAAGUCAGUGGGACCAAAGAACUAUUAUAUUGUUAAAUCAAGAACUUUGUUAAACUGAAAACAUAAAACACCCAUGAGAAUAGAAAUAUUUAUUCAAGAAUGAAAAAAAAAAUGAAUUUUUGCUUGCAUGAGCUCUUCCAGCAGUAAGCUUAUGCACUUAUAAACAGCAGUCCCAUUGAACACUUCUGUUCCUUUAGGGUGCCAGAAAAAUUUCUUCAACCAUUUCAGGUGCCAAUUCUGUAUCACCACAGUUCUUGCUUCUUCGGAAUUAUGAAAGCCAUGCAGGUGCCGAAUGGAUCAAGAAUUCCAAACAUUUCAGUGAGUUUUAUUAAGUUCACGGAAUUUGAAUGCCACGUGAGAACGCUAAGCUGGAAUGUCGCAUAUGAGGCCAAAUAUUUCAUGUGUAGCAAAUUUGGAAAGCACCUAUCCAGUCACUUGAAUAAUAUGCUUCACAUAGAACAUAGUAAAAAACAGUGAAAGAAGUGAACCCACUACACAAUGCAUGUCACAGAGGGCUGUUCACAUUCCAAAUCAUUUUACUAAAAUACUUUACUGAUAUUAUUCUAACUUGCAACGCAGGUCCUAUCAGAAGUGUUUCAAUAUGUCUGAUAUAUGUCUUAAACAUAUUUUCAUAGGUAAUGUUGCUCUUAAUGCAUUACCUUGGUGUGUACAUUUGUACACACAGGACCUGAAGGAGUAAACAGGCAAUUUUGUGAAAAGAAACCAGCCCACUCCAAAGAAGCACAGUAAUAAGUUUACUGUAGCAAAACACAGAUAAAUUUCAAGCCAUUUUCAACAUAACACGUUUCCUGUGCACUAUCUAUUUACACAUUCUUCUUUCUUUCUAAACUUCUUUAAACCCUUGAAUAUGUUUAUUUCACUUUAUUGCUUUGAGGUUUUCAAUUAAUUAGGCUCUAUAAAUAUUGAAAGUGGUUCUUAAGUUACAAACUUGAUAAAACUCAGUUUCAUUAAAUUGACAUUUCACUGUAAUUUAUGCUUCAAUAAGCAGUUCAGUCAUAAGAAAUAGAUUCUCUUGUAUGUAACAUACAUAGAUUUGUCUGCGUGUAAUUUGAGUGAUCAUCAUAGGCCAAAUGAGAGAGAUAUGAUGCUAAGAUGUGAAAUGGCAAAAGUCCAACAUUUGGAGAUUUGAUCUACAAAUUUUUGAGACAGUACUAAUUGGCAAUGAAGUGCCAAAGAUGGAGUAAUUAAAACACUGGCAAAAACAAAGCAUGUGUACAAGUAGCGAGAGAAACAGAGCAAGCAAAACCGGCCACAUCAUGUUAAAUGCUUGGUAUACUAAAUUACUAAAGGCUGCAAAGAGUCCGAAUUAGCAUUCUUUUUUAUUCUUGUGCUUCGGUGACAAUCCGUAGUCUGAGAAUGAAAAUUGAGUUAUCUUCAUGGCAAAUUACAGGCGUAGUGGUAAAUCCACAUACAGGAAAUCUUGUAAUGAAUUCACAGAACUAUUUUCAUGUGAGAGUGAUGAUCACUGGGCACUUUUUGGGGGAUCACAUACGGUGGACAGUUUCAGAUAAGUGGGAAAAGCUUUUGUCAUCUUUUUGGGCAAUUGUCACCUUUUUGGGCAAGAAGGGCAAUUAUGAAUUAUAUUGAUAACUGUGCUAGGCAACAAACAAAACGUGACAAACUGAAGGCGUCUGCCUGCAUUGUCUGCCUAACCUCUAGAGUGCCAAUAAGAGUGGCAUCCUAUUCGCAGAGUGACUCAGUUUCACAAAUGGUGGUGGUUGCACUCAGCAGCCCAACUUUUUUUAUACAUUGUUUUAUUGCACAGUAUUGAUAGCACAUUCUAUGCACAUUACCAGCACUGUGCAGAGUAUUGCUUUUAUGUUUUGACUGAUUUUGGGCUAGUAUGCCAUCUAAUAAAAACAGCUCCAUAGUUUCAUUCCAAGCAUAUAUUGUUAGAAAUUGAGAAACAGAAAACACAAGCAUAAUCUCAAGAAAGACAUUUGUUGGCUAGUGAGGUGGUGACAUUUGCCUAUCUUUCUUCACCCUGUCCAACCAAUGAAUGGAAACAUGAAAUGUUGAUACAUCAGUCUUCCUACAGUAUACCACGCAUAAACACAAUGAAAGAAACGUGCCUGCACUGAGACCCAGUGCCUUUUGAACAAUUCUUUGCAUCUGCUAUUAUUUACUACAAAAGUUGUUUUGCUGAAGCAUCCUGGUCAUUCACUAAAUGUUCACUGCUUUAGAAUCAAAGAGAAUUAUGCAUGGAGUCGUUACAAAUGAAGCACACUAAGAAUCUCUGCAACAAUUUUAUCAUACAAAAAGUGCAUAUGAAAAGCGUUCUAUUGAGAGCUUUAUGCUAGAAAUAAGCAAACAGUAUCACAUAUCAUGCACAUGCUUCCUUUGACGCCACUGGUUUAACAUGGUAGCGAUUUGGGCAAGUUCGCGUUACAGUGUGGUGCAAAUAUGGAAAAGAUAAGAACAAGGAAACACCAAGACACAGUGCUAUCUUCCAAUUAGUCCUAACGUGCACACUUACAUGUACUGUAAUCUGUACAUAUAUCACAUCUUUAACACACAUGUAUGCUACAUAGGAGUAUAUCUGUGCAUAUGUACAUAUAUCACAUAUUUAACACAUGUGUGCUAUAAUAGGAGCACAUACACUGCAUAUCUGUGCAUACAUCACAUUAACGCAUGUGUAUGCUACAUAGGAGCACAAGUUUUUGCCCGUAUGUUUAUACACGUAAAAAUUAUAUGCGUGCAUGUUUCCACAUAAAGAUAAUGUGGAAGGCAGAACUUUAUCCUGGUGUUUCUUCGUUCCAGUUCUUUCUCAUGUCAAGAUAUAUGCCAGUGCCACAUCAACAACUCAUUCAUAACACACCUGUAUAAUAUUUAUAUACUUCUUCCACACUUUACUAAACUGCUCUCAAAGGUAGACUGUGAAAUCUCUCUGCCAGCAGAAGCAAUGCAGAAGCAACCUAACGUGCCGACCCAUUUAAUAGAGUCCAGGAAGUCGAGUGAAACAAAGCCCAAUCAAAAUCAAGUAACACAAUGUCUUAGUACUAAAGAGCAGAAAGACUUCUUGAAAAAAAUAUAUAUAUACAAUGGUCAAUGCAAAAAAAAGAAAAGAUAAGACCGUAAGUACUUUAUUAUUUUGACCAAAAGUAACCUUACUUUGAUUCUUAUUAUGGCUUAUUUUCUUUAUUUUAAUCUUUGCUCUAUCAAAAGCCCUUCUACAACAUUUUCAACCAAUUUAAUUCAUGUUUCACAAGUGAAAAACCUUAUUUUUGCCUCUUCACAAUGCAACCUACAGGGUGUUUCAGCGAACACUUUUAAUAAUUCUUAAAGGUCACCUGUGGCAGAUAGUGCAAAUUUAAUUCAUGAGGUGGUCUACUUGAAGUGGCAGACACUCCUUGAAAAAAAAAAGAAAACACUGAAAUGAAAAAUCAACUAAUUAACAAAAAGCACUAAUUAACAUUUUAACUAAUUACCUUAUGACCCAUAUUGCAAUUUACAGAUUCUAGCCGCAGAGUUCGCUAGGCGGGUACACAUUGAACGAAUUCCCAGAACGACACCAGUUUCGAGAUAUUAAUCCCAAACUUUGCGGAGAAAUGCACUGGCGUUCCAGUUACUUGUAUGCUUCAAUGCAUAAGACGAAGUUUUGUUAGCAAAGUAAAUGUUCAAUAUCAGUCCCAUACACAAGUACUGGCAGAAUACAGAAAUGCUACAGUUGCAAAUUUUAUGGGCCGUCAAGAGCACUGGCUUUUUCAAGAGCAACGAGUUUUAACUUAGGCUACAAAGUAGAAUGUAGCAGAGGGCUCCACAUUUGUCUUGAAAAUCUGGGGCUCCCAAAACACACGUCAAGGAGUACUGGCACAUGUUUUCAAAGCUCUAGAAAGUGUACCACAUGCUUCUUGCACAUAGAAAGGAUGAUACUUAGCAAGUAUGAAGGUUGGGAAAGAUGAAGAUAUUUGAAUUUGAAACUAAAGUUGGUCUUAAGACACUGAACCUGGCGCCAUCAAAAUUAUGUGGUGCUAUGACACGGAGCAACAUUUGCUGACGUCAUGUAGCAAUAAGGCUAGGUAUGACGACAUUGCUCAUAAAAAAAACAAGCAAGAGUUCUCUUCAGGCUGCAUUCACCAGUCAUAGUGAUUGUCGGAAUGAAGCAAGCCAACGAAUCGUGUCAUGACACAUCCACCUUUUGUAUACAGACACCGGAAGUAGUUCAGAGAAACAAGUGCAUUAUAGUAAAUCAUUUUAGGGUACAGAGUGUUUGGACCACAACUCAAAGCAAAGAUAUCACAACUCAAAAAUUGUCAUGUCAGUACUCCUCGAAACCAUUAAAAAUUAAAUUAUGGGGUUUUACGUGCCAAAACCACUUUCCGAUUGUGAGGAACGCCAUAGUGGCGGACUCCGGAAAUUUCGACCACCUGGGGUUCUUUAACGUGCACCUAAAUCUAAGUACACGGGUGUUUUUGCAUUUCGGCCCCAUUGAAAUGCGGCCGCCGUGCCCGGGAUUUGAUCCCGUGACCUCAAGCUCAGCAGCCCAACACCAUAGCCACUGAGCAGCCACGGCGGGUCCUCGAAACCAUAACAGAGUGUUUACACAUUUUGCCACCAUCAGGAUGUGGUUACAGUGGCUAGGAAUCGAACCUGCGACCUUGUGCUGAGCAGCAUAACAAAAUGCCACUGCACAAAGGAGAGUAUGUCAUGACAAGGAGUUGCAAUGCACUUCACACCCUUGCAGCAUUAGUAAAAGCAUUCACAAUGUACCUCCCUGCAUUUUUAUAGUUUUUGCAAGAGCUGAGCUCCUCUUGAUAAGUAAGUUUGUUUGAAAAGCCAUGAUUUAUGUUCAGGACAUCACCAGUGGAAACUUGCCAAACCUCUGUGCGAUCACUCAAUCACUAACUGACAUGGCAGCGCCAAGGUUGGACGGAUGACUAUUAAGGUAUGACCAAAGAGAGCUUGAAGCAGUGAGUAACACCUUACACUUCAAAUCAGAUUUGUUGCUCACCAAUUUGAUAUCAAGUGUGAAAAAUGCAAGAGCACUGCUUUGAACUUCAUGUAAUGUCCUGGCCAGUUCAAUGUUCAAUGAUGAGCAUAAGUGGCUAAUGGAAGAACAAUGUUUGAAUGAGAAAUAAGUGCCAUAAAACACAACGUGAAGAGUCAGCUAGAAAUAUAUGUGCACGUUCCCAUGGCUCUUAUAUUUACAAAGUUCAGCGGUGUUAUCUGUUGGUCUGGUUAUCGGAGUUCAAUUCUCAGAAGAAAAUAAACCUCACUAAGUGUUUUUCUACGUUACAACAAAUCCAUAGGUAUGUUUGGCCAUAAAUCUAGAAUGCUGCAGAAAGGCCCAGCAAUACAACUUCCAAUCAAAGAAUGUAAUUCCUUCUUAUACUGAAACAAGACAAAGAAAUUUUACACCUAUGGCUUCUUGCACGAGCUCAUUUUAUAUAUAUACAUAACUGGCACGGCAUCAGCAAUGGGAAGAUCUUUCACCAUGUUGCUUGCUGCAAUAUUGCUGCAUGUUUUUCUUUAUGAAUAAAAUUGCAAUGGCAUAAA